AUGCCCAAGAACCUGGCGUUCCAGGUUCCGCAUCCGUUCAAGCAGCUCGCGCUUCAGCUUCCAGCUGGGCAUCGACAGCCUUGUUCAGAGCCGCGUCUACAUCGUCCUGGGCAACCAGGACGCCAGCAGUACCAUCGCGAAAGCCCACCACCGCUUGUGGACACGGAAGGUCAGAAGCGCUGGAUCGUGGAAUGCUUAUUGGGUCACGAGGACCCUCGUCGCGAAAAUAAAUCGUCGCGACUCCAUGAGCGCGCGGUUCCAACCGCGCGGAAGUAUCGUGUACGUUGGCUCGGGUUUCCACUCGAGCAGGAUCUGUGGGAGCCGCGCUCUUCGCUUCUUCGAGAAGUGCCAGACGCCGGUCGGGCUUACGAGUCCGUGCAUACGCUUGGUUCAGAUUUGGUUGACGACCUGAGUGUUCUCGCGGUGAGCGAGAACGAGACGAACGACGACUGUGUCGUGGUGAAGCGUCACCACGACUACGAGAACAAAAGCGAUUGCGAGAACGUCGUUGUGAAACGUCACCGCGACGACGAGAUGAAGAACGACGACGAGAACGUUGUGUUGAACGUGUAUAGCCACGACCACGCGAACGAGAACGUCGUGGCGAGUGCGAGGCACCGCGACCUCGAGAACGAGAGUGGCGAGCACGUGGCACCACGACCUUGA